GGAUAUACCGAAUAAUAAUACCUUGCUGCGCUUCAUUUGACAACAUCGUUCGGAAGCAUAACAUGACAAAAAACAACAACAGCGACCGGCAGGUCAACGAUGCCACGGUGGCCCUGAAGGGUUUGUUGGGGAUCGGUGGAACGGCMAAGACGACGGCAACCCCGGAGGCCCCCGCCGACGAGGGCGGCUGGACCACCACCGGCCCCAGAAAGAACCGAAAGCACAAGAAGGCGGCGGCGGCAGCAGCAGCAGCGGGAGCAUCGUCGUCGUCCCACGCCGAGAGCCGCAACCAGUCCCCCGAAAAGGCCCUGCCCCCAUCGGGAAAGAAGAAACCCAAGAACAAAAAGGGCAAGAACCAGCAGAGGGGUUCCGGGAGCAGCAGCGGCAGCAGCAACAACCACAACAAAAACAAAAACAACAGCAACAGCAACAACAACGCCCACAAACACAACAAAAAGGGAGGGGGCAAGCCGGUGGCCAUGCCGAAGAAGGACACGAACUUUGCCUGGUCCGCCUACCAGUCCUCGCCCGAUGCCAGGCAGCUCCCGAUGCCCGCCUUUCAGCCCUCCCCGACACGGACCAAGCCGCAGGCGGGAUCGGAGGCCGGCGAGAGGGGGCCUGCGGCUAGCAGCGAGACGGCCAAGACCAGCACUCCCAAAAGCAUUGCCAGCACCCACGACAAGGACGAUUCCAGCGCARCGAUCAACAACAACGACAAAAACAACACCAAAAACAAGGACCCGGAACCGAAACGGMCGCCGGAAGCCACCGCAGCUGGGCCCGUGGCUCCGGCCCCGGAGGAAGYUCCCGCGGAGGAAGCCCCUCCCGGGACCAGCGAGACGGGGAUCAACAUUGCCGCCAUGUCCUCCUCCCCACCGACGAGGACCGCUCCCGUGGCGGCCCUUCGGGCAGAAGGAAGCACCGGGCCGGGGGAUGCCCGGCAGCAGCAGCAACAGCAUCCGCCGCCCUCUGCCAAGGGUCCGGUCCCMCCCCCGCCGGCGAAGGUCCCCRCCCGGCCGCAGCAGCAGCAACAACAGCAACAGCAACCACCAUUGCCACCACAGCCACUCCCACCGCACCACCACCAUUCCCCGCCCCCGGGCUACGUCACCCUCCACGUCCAGGUCCCCUACCAGCAGCUCGGGCCCGGCCGGGAGAUGCUCGUCCAGUCCCCGGGGGGAUUCCCGGUCCAGGUGGUGGUCCCGCCCAACAUUCCCCCGGGGACGAUCCUCCCGGUCCAGGUCCCCUCGGUCCCCCUCCACAUGAUGCCCAAGGCGGCGGCCCGGGGUUCCUCCCCCGGCGCCUACGGGGGGGCGUCUCGAGCGGCGGCGGGGGUGGCCUACCAGCAGCAACUGGCUCUGCAACAACAGCAACAACAACAACAGCAAUACCACCAGCCGUUCCAGCAGCACCUUGCCUACCAGCAACCCCAUCCGUACCACCGCGGCCCUCCCUACCAACAACAGCACCGACCACAACAGCACCCAAACAACCGACCCUACCACAACAAGCACCAGCACCAGCAUCCCGGGCAGCCGCACCCACAACACCGGCAGCUUGGAAAGAAAAAGUGAGGGGAAAGCGUGCCGCGCGAGAAGAGGCGAUGCGAYGCRACGCAACGCAACGAAACGCGACCCCUGGACGCCGCGGUGCACCGCACGGCUCGGGGGAAGAAGAAAGGGAACAAGGGCRAGAAGGGACGACGGGGGAGGAGACGAAAGGAUGCGAAACGAAGCGAUACGAACCACGGAGGAGGCACGGGGGUACCACCGCCGCUCGUAUACGACUCGAAUCCGGAUCGAACCAAACAAACAACCAACCAACCA